CUAUGUCUAUGUUCUAUAACUUUACACAAGUUCAUUUCAGCCACUCACUGCUGCCAUAAAAUUCCCUUUAUUUGUUUAUUUUCCUAUCUCUCUCUCUCCACAUACCAAACCCCAAGAUCACUUAUAAAUACACAGAAAGAGAGUGAGGAAGUUGCCCCAGUUGAGUAGUAAGUGAUGAUGGAGAUGGAUUCCAUGUGUAUGUGGGUGGUCCUUGUGGCCAUUGCUGGUGCUCUUUUAGUCCUAAGAUCUAUGCUCAAGAAUGUAAAUUGGUGGCUCUAUGAAUCCAAAUUGGGUGUGAAACAGUACUCUUUGCCCCCAGGUGACAUGGGAUGGCCCUUCAUUGGCAACAUGUGGUCCUUCCUCAGAGCUUUCAAGUCCAAGGACCCUGAUUCCUUCAUCUCCUCCUUUGUCUCCAGAUAUGGAAGAACUGGAAUGUACAAGACCUUGAUGUUUGGAAAUCCAAGUGUAAUUGUGACAACACCUGAAACAUGCAAAAGGGUGCUUACAGACGAUGAUAAAUUCACAACUGGUUGGCCUCAAUCUACUAUAGAGCUCAUUGGAAAGAGGUCAUUUAUUUCAAUGUCUUAUGAAGAACAUAAACGCCUUAGGCGUUUGACAUCCUCUUCAAUCAAUGGCAUGGAAUCACUGUCCCUCUACUUGACAUAUAUUGAAGAAAAUGUGAAAAAUUCAUUGGAGAAAUGGGCCAACAUGGGACAAAUUGAGUUCUUAACUGAGAUCAGGAAGCUUACUUUCAAAAUCAUCAUGCAUAUUUUCCUUAGCUCAGAAAGUGAACCUGUUAUGGAGGCUUUGGAGAGGGAAUACACAGCACUUAAUCAUGGAGUUAGAGCCAUGUGUAUUAAUAUUCCCGGAUUUGCAUACCACAAAGCAUUCAAGGCAAGGAAAAAUCUAGUGGCCAUAUUUCAAUCUAUUGUGGAUGAGAGAAGAAACUUAAGGAAGGGAUAUCUGCCAGGAAAAGCCAAAGAUAUGAUGGAUGCUCUGAUAGAUGUUGAAGAUGAUGAUGGAAGAAAGUUGAGUGAUGAGGACAUCAUUGACAUUAUGUUGAUGUACUUGAAUGCGGGCCAUGAGUCUUCAGGACAUAUUACCAUGUGGGCAACCUUUUUCCUGCAGAAGCACCCAGAAUAUCUCCAAAAGGCUAAGGCAGAACAAGAAGAAAUAAUAAGGAGAAGGCCUCCAACACAGAAAGGGUUAACACUUAAGGAAGUCCGGGAGAUGGAUUUUCUUUACAAGGUGAUUGAUGAAACAUUGCGUGUGAUUACAUUCUCACUAGUGGUCUUUCGGGAGGCAAAAUCUGAUGUCAAUAUCAAUGGAUACACAAUUCCAAAAGGUUGGAAAGCGCUUGUGUGGUUCAGAUCAGUUCACCUUGAUCCUGAAAUAUAUCCUAAUCCAAAGGAAUUUAACCCUUAUAGAUGGAAUAAAGAACACAAGGCCGGAGAAUUCCUUCCCUUUGGAGGAGGAAGUAGAUUGUGUCCGGGGAACGAUCUUGCCAAGAUGGAAAUAGCAGUUUUUCUUCACCAUUUCCUUCUGAAUUACCGAUUUGAACAGCAUAAUCCUAAUUGCCCUGUGAGAUACUUACCACAUACAAGGCCCAUGGACAAUUGCUUGGGAAGGGUCAGGAAAUGUUCAUCUACAACAACCUAAGAGCACAUGUCUAUGGCUAUUUUUAAUUUGAAAAUCCAUCUCCAUGUUUUCCCUCAGCUAAAUGCUUCCAGGUCCACUUUGAGCUACGUUGGCAUAGCUUCAACAAAAUGGACAAAAAAAGGAAAAAAAAAAGUUUUUCACAGCACAUACAAAUAAGUAUAAUUUCGAAAGCUCCAUCUACCACCCUCUUUAAGCACUAGCUAGUAAGUCUUCCAUCUGGUCCAUAUGUUCUGAAAAAUGGACAAAAAUAACUUUGUUUCAUUAGGUAUUUGUUUAAAGGAAAGAAUCUAGUUUCUAUUUCUUGUGCUUCAGGAGAAUUUACUAAUGUGUGCGUCUACAGAUCGGGCUAAGUAUAAUUGCUGUAUAUACCGCACACAGUUUUUGUGUAUUAAACCAAUUAAAAUUAAAUAAUUGUAUGAUUGGACGGAA